CGUCACUUCCAACAUGGCGCCGUACACAGAGGGACCCACGUUUGCAGCCCCGACUGGAUACACAGUGUUUGAUGACUGGGAGGCUCCACAUGAGGGUGACUAAUGGAGUCCCUGGAAUUGUCUCUAGCCAUUCCGGUGCAGUUCUCGGAGGAGCGGCCGGUGCACCACUGCCUGUAUGCCAAAGAAGCCCGGCUGAGAGGAGAGGCCGAGAAAGCCCACCCCCAGGAUCGGACGUUGUUCGUAAUCAACAUCCCAGGAUACGUCACCGAGAAAGGUUUAUCAGAGAUCUUCGCUUCUUGUGGUCUUGUGCAAUCUGUGGAACUACUUGACAAAUCAGCGCCUUAUUUGAAAAAAAAUAUGGAGGGAAAUAUGUAUUUUAACCAGAAGACAAUUAAGGGUUUCAGAGUGGCCUAUGUUGUGUUCAAAAAGGCCUCUGGAAUUCAAAAAUUCAAGUCCAAUAAAGUCUGGACACCAUCGGUGAUAUCAAAAAGAGGCGAUUUUGUAAAAGCUGGAAUUCACAAGUGGAUAGAGGAUUAUGAAAAGUCUUUUACUGAUGUUGCUGCUCUUCAAGCUGCAAUUGAUCACUAUAUGCAGGAAUAUGAUAAGAAAGAGGCAAAGAAAGAGGACAAAGCUAAGCGAAAAGAAGGGGUGCCAGAUGAGGAUGGCUGGAUAACUGUGACAAGAAAGGGCCGACACCCAGGUGUAGCACGUACUGAAGCAGUGAAUCAUCGACUGUUAGAGAAGGAAAAGAAGAAGAGCGCCCAGAAAGAACUUCUAAACUUUUAUGCUUGGCAGCACCGUAAUAAAAAGAAAGAACACCUGGCAGAACUACGUAAAAAAUUUGAAGAAGAUAAGCAGAAGAUUGCACUGAUGCGAGCUCAGAGAAAGUUCCGCCCUUAUUGAAAUCCAUUUGUGUACUGUAAUAUAUCUGUUCUCAUACAGACUUGUAUCACCACCUGGCACAAAGAAUAACUUCCACACUGACUGCAGAUGCCAGCGGACAUAUUACUUUUUAAUUAUCGACCUUAAUUGACAAGGGGCUUCUCCAAAACAGAAAACGUUUAUACAGUAAACCCAUCAUUACAGCU